UGACUCCGGGGCCACCAAGCGCGGGAGAGAAGAAGGGAAGAGCGAUCGGAAGGGGACUCACGAUCCGGAGCGAAUCCGUAUUGAGCAGUGGCGCGAGGAUUUCGGAGAAAAGCAGAGGCAAUCAUGCAAGGUACAGAGGGUGGCUCGGAUUCCACAACUCCCAUGGCGCUGCAGAUGUCCGCAUCGGUCCAGGCCCCAGUAGUCCAGCCGGUGCCGGCAUCGCAGCAGAGGGUUUUGGUCCAAGCAGCAGGCUCCACUCCCAAGGGGACGCCGAUGCAACAGCUCUCUGCCCCCAGAGUGCAUCAGGUGCAAACAGUACAUCACGUCUACCCAGCUCAAGUUCAGUAUGUGGAGGGGGGAGAAACCGUCUAUACCAAUGAAGCCAUAGGUGCCACCUACUCAUACAGUACCGAAGCCCAGAUCUACGCCCCCAGCAGCACCUCCUCCUACUUCGAGCCUCAAGGGGACAGCUCCCAGGUGAGCCCAGAGGGCUCAUCCCCCACGGCCAUCCCCCCCCAUGGCAUGGUGGGCAUCGCAAUGGACCUCGCAGGCAGCCAACUCGUCUCCGGCUCCGGCACCUACCUCAUCCACAGCGGGAUGGAGAAUGCCAGCCACACCCUUGCGCACCCCUCACGCUCCUCCCCGGCCACGCUCCAGUGGCUGCUGGACAACUAUGAGACAGCUGAGGGGGUCAGCCUGCCCCGGAGCUCCCUGUACAACCAUUACUUGCGCCACUGCCAGGAACACAAACUGGACCCGGUGAACGCUGCCUCCUUCGGGAAGCUGAUCCGUUCUGUCUUCAUGGGGCUGCGGACGCGCCGGCUGGGCACGAGGGGAAAUUCGAAGUACCAUUACUACGGGAUCCGUCUCAAGCCAGACUCCCCACUCAACCGCUUACAGGAAGAUGCCCAAUAUAUGGCUGUGAGGCAGCAGCCCAUCCACCAGAAACAAAGGUACAGGCCUUCCCAGAAGCUGGACGGCAUUGCAGAGGGAGGGUCGAACGGCGGGCACCACAUCAUGUCUGAGCAAUCCAUCACUGCCCAGAGCCAGCACCACCAGCAGUUCAUAGAUGCCACCCGCAUCCUUCCUGACUUCCCCAUCCUCGAUCUGGAAGAUGUCCUUUUGCAGGAGGGAGUGGAGGUGAAUGACAUCAAAACCCUGCAAGUCUUCUACAGGCGACACUGUGAGGCAAACAUUGAAGUCAUGAUGAGCCUCCAGUUCUCCUAUGUUGAGAAGCUCUGGCAAUCUUUCUGGAAUUCAGAGAGCUGCUCCAGUGAAGCCUCUGCCACUGUUGGUUCCAGCCGCGAGGAGCCCCACGAAGUCGCCCUCCCUCGGCACAAGCUGAUCGCCCUGUGCAAAUGCGGCCCCAUCAUGGCUUGGAUGCGGGGCUGCGACCACAUCCUGUGCCAGACCCUCGUGGAGAUCCUCAUCCCAGAUGUCCUCCGACCCGUUCCCAGUACCUUGACGCAAGCCAUCCGCAACUUUGCCAAAAGCCUGGAAGGCUGGCUGGUCAACGCCAUGAGCGAGUUCCCCCAGCAGAUCAUCCAGACCAAGGUGGGUGUGGUGAGUGCCUUUGCCCAGACACUGCGCCGAUACACAUCCCUCAACCACCUGGCCCAGGCAGCCCGCGCUGUCCUCCAGAACACCUCCCAGAUCAACCAGAUGCUCAGUGACCUCAACCGGGUGGACUUCAGCAAUGUCCAGGAGCAAGCCUCGUGGGUGUGCCAGUGCGAGGAGGGGCUGGUGCAGAAGCUGGAGCAGGACUUCAAGCUGACCCUGCAGCAGCAGAGCUCCCUGGAACAGUGGGCCGGCUGGCUGGACGGCGUCGUGACCCAGGCCCUGGCGCCCCACGAGGGGGGGCCCGGCUUCCCCAGGGCGGCCCGGCAGUUCCUGCUCAAGUGGUCCUUCUACAGCUCCAUGGUGAUCCGAGACCUGACUCUGCGCAGUGCGGCCAGCUUUGGCUCCUUUCACCUGAUCCGGCUGCUGUACGAUGAAUACAUGUUUUACCUGGUGGAGCACCGUGUGGCCCAAGCCACGGGGGAGACCCCCAUUGCCGUGAUGGGAGAGUUCAGCGAUCUCACACCCACAUCCCCGGCUCACCUGGACAAAGAUGACGUCAGUGACUUUGGGAGUGAAACGGAGGCAGAUUCCCAGUGUGCCAGCGAGCCCCCCAUGAAGCGCGAGCGGGGUGACCCGGCCCCCUCUUUGCAGGAGAUCCAGAGUCCUCUGUCCCCCUGAGGGCAUGGGAGAAGCAACGUUUGGCUCCGACCCUGAAAGAAGCUAAAUUCCAAAGUUUCCGGGAUCCCUUCAGCUGGAUUUCCGACUCCUCCGCAAUAUGAGUGCCUCGUAGUUUCCUUUUAAUGUUUACUUGUCUCUUUGCAGAAGAGCCGAGUUGGGGCUGGCCUGGCCAGGCUGCACUGAGAAACUAGGCAUUCCUCAGAGCCGCUUUCUGUCGCAUUCUCUCUCUUUCUUGCCUUACUGACAUGUCCAACAGACUGCAGAACUGUCCAAGAACCAGGGCUAGGGGAGCAGUUCCCAGCGGGGGGCAUCGGUGAGACCAGCCACCCCCCCCCCAGCUUUCUUUUCAGGUUUUGCCCAGAUACCACUGUGAUGUGGAUCCACUUGAUUCUGUGUGGUCUGCCCCUCGACUGUGCCUCAUUUGGGAGAGGGGAGGGCAAAGAUAGGGCUGCCUGGCACCCUCCCAUCCCCCCACACCUCCCUGACUUGCCAAAUAAAUGUACACUGUGGGCA